ACAUUCAGAGGAGGGUCAUUUUCUCUUGUGUAUGUCAUUGGGCAUAUGUUUAUGCACUGCCCCACGCGCAUGAUGACAAUCCAGACCACAACAUACUGCCAGUAAGGAUGCGAUCUCUCGUCCUUUGCAUCUUGUUUGCACUCCAGUGCUUCGUUCUCCAAAGCGCAUCAGAGUAUUCUUCAAAAUCCGAGCUGGAAUACGAAUUCGGUGACUAUCGCGGCAAAUUCUGUAUCGACGAUCAAGGUUUUGUUUAUAGCAUCGGAGAGGUUUAUUAUCCGAGCUCCACAGCGUGUCCCUGCACCUGCACAGAUGAUGGACCCGUGUGUGUCCGACCCAAGUGCCCGCGUAUACACCCGAGAUGCACUCGCAUCGCAUACAAGUCCUGCUGCCCCGUGUGUGAAGCUGUCAGUAAAGUUUGUGUGUACGGGGGCAAAACUUACAGAAUGCUGGAGGAAUUUAGGUUGUCACCCUGUGAGCGCUGCCGGUGUGAAGUCAACAGAGAAGUUUACUGCACCAUAUCCGGCUGCCCUGCCUUACACUGUGUGAAUCCUGUAUACGAACCCAACCAUUGCUGUCCUGUGUGCAAAAAUGGGCCAAACUGCUUUGUUGGAAAUCGCGUGAUCUCGGCUGGAGAACGUGUUGAGAUUGAUGAGCGGACGGUGUGUUUCUGCACCUACCGGGACGGAACGUGGCAGAUGCACCCUCACGCUACCUGUGAGGAGCGCCAACGAGCAGACAAUGAAGCCACUGACUCCGACGACACAUCCAAACAGAUGGAGGAGCAGGGGACGGAGAAAGAGAAAGAGAAAGAGAGAGUGUUCUCGCCCAGGCUGGAUGCCAUCCCGUGAAGCGAAGUGUGCCUGGCACCGGCUCUCCUGAUAGGCAGGAGGGGAUGCAGGGGUAAACACAACCUGCGCUGGGAUAACUGCCAGUGCUGACCUCUUUAGCCAACUUCACCACCCCCUCCCAUCCUGACCCAGAUCAGCAACCCACUGACAAGCAACAUGCACUAAUAAAAUGUUCCAUUAUUAUACAUGGUACACUUGUUGUUCAGAAAUUAGGGGUCAGUAAGUUUUAAAAUAAAUACGUUUAUGCAGCAAGGUCACAUUAAAUUGAUCAAAAGUGGCAUUAAAUACAUUGACAAUGUUCCAAUCCAGUUUUUCCCCCCCAAAAAAAUCCCAUUUCAAAUACAUGCUGUCCUUUUGAACUUUUUAUUCAACUAGGAAUCCUGAAAAUGUAUCACGGUUUCUUGAGCACCAAAUCAGCAGAUUAGAAUGGUUUCUGAAGUCACACUGAAGACUGGAGUAAGGGCUGCUGAAAAUUCAGCUCGACCAGUACAGGAAUACAUUACAUUUUAAAAUAUGUUAAAAUAGAAAGCAGCUAUUUUAAACUGCAAUAAUAUUUCAAUAUAUCACCGUAUUUGUGAUCAAAUAAAUGCAGCCUUGGUGAGACUAUACUUAAAACAUUUGAAAAAUCUUACCGACUCCAAACUUUUGAAUGGUAGUGUAAUAUGUGUACAUUACUGUAUAUCAUGUUGUCGACUUCUUACUAAGAAGCAGUUAUGCAGCGUUACGUUUAAAUAUAGAGCAUCGUGUUAAAAAAAUGAUUUCCCAUUUUUCCAUCUCAUUUUUGUUGCAUGUUGUGUUAAUGGGCACAUUACAUACUUUAGAAGUCUUGAAUAUUGUUUGAUGUUUAAAUGAUUUAUUCCAUGUCCAAUAUGACGUGUUAAUUAACAACUUCAUGAUAAUACAUUUACAAAAUAUCACAUUGUAUAGAUAUAACCAGUAAAAUGAUGUUCUCCUUAAAGUAGAUUAACAUUCUUGUUUAGAUAGGAAGUGGAGCAUGCAAUAAGAAACAUAUUUUCAAAGGGCUGGUCAAAUGGAAACAUAUAAUUUAAGUAUUAAAAUCAU